AUGCAGACGUCGAAAUUUCGAGAACAUGUCCAUGUCCGUAUGUCCGUGCACGGGCAGAGCUUCGAGACCUCGGAACAACGCGUCGAGCUUCGUGUAUUACCACAUACAGCCAAGCUGCCAUUCGACCCAGACCCUCUUUCUUGUCUCUUCUGUAUAUUGAUUAGUGCAGGGCGUUGCGAGCUGUUCAAUGCCACGGCUUCGUACAUGUGGAGAAGCAAUGUCCUCAGGUUGAGGGAGAAAUCCUCUGCUGCGGCAUGGCGCAACACUCGGGCACAUAGCUCGCAGACGAGCUUGCCUAUCUCUGAUCAAGAGUUUUGGCGCGCUCUGGGGCGUGUCGAUGAUAAUCUCGUGAAGCACAAACACGAUGACUUCGUCCUGAAGAUAGGCUUCGCUAUCAGUGGAGGCGUGGAUUCCAUGGCACUCGCUGCAUUGUUUGCGAACCUCAAGAAUUCUAAAGAGUACCAGACGCCUCAAAUCCAUGCACAUGCAUUCAUCGUAGACCAUAAAGUGCGUCCAGAGAGCACAGAAGAAGCAGACUGGGUUGCCGAGCAGUGCCGCUCCAAAUUCGAUAUGCAAGCUUCUGUCCUGCCUCUUUCAUGGCCCGCUGGAUUUGACCCGCUCGAUCACAAGCGCUUCGAGACGGACGCACGCACGCUACGAUACCAGACACUUGGCCGUGCCUGUCGCGCAGCGCGCAUUAGAACAUUGCUUCUCGCGCACCACGGCGAUGACCAGGCGGAGACGGUCCUCAUGCGUCUUGCGAACAACCGCCUGCGCUCCGGCCUGCAAGCCAUGCAGCCUGUCGAUUGGAUUCCUGAGUGUCACGGCAUUCAUGGAGUCUCACACAGUGGACUUCAUACAAGAAAUCGAACAAACUCGCCGUUUCCGGUUGAAGACGGAGGUGUGAGCAUCCUGCGGCCUCUCCUUGGAUUUGACAAAUCGCGCCUCAUUGCUACGUGUAAACACCAUGGAGUGGCUUGGGCUGAAGACAAGACAAACCAUUUACAAACGUACACAUCACGCAACGCCAUUCGACAUAUUUUGAAAAAUCAUGAGCUGCCAGCUGCUUUGAACAUCAGGUCGCUCGUGGAAAUAUCGCUUCAGAUGCAGAAACGCGUAGCACAGCACAGAGAGGAUGCGAGACUCGCAUUACAAUGUUGUCCCAAGCGGCUCGAUAUCCAAGCGGGUUCGCUGCUAAUUCGUUUCCCUUCGUUCGACAGCCUUUUUGAUCAGUCCCCCGUUGAUCAGCGGAACGUGAACAAGGCCAAGAAUAAGGCCUACUGUCUCCUCGAGCAAGCCGGUCAAUUGAUCACGCCUAGGGAGACUGCACCGCUAGGAGAACUAGCUGCCACUGUCGCAAAUAUUUGGCCUGAGUUUCUUGAGCUUGAAGGAACCGACCCAUCUCAAACUGCGUUUUCUGGUAACAAAACAAACUACUGCAUUUACAGUAUCUGGUGGCGGAAGUGGGACAGGCCUUCUCCCUUUUCCGAGCGAUUCAGGAACCCUGGUGGCGCUGCACAUGCUCAUCCUCACGAAUGGCUGCUUACGCGCCAACCUCUGGAAAACCACAAACCGGACUCAUCCCCUAGAAGUUUCCAAUAUGCUCCUUCACGCGUCUUUCCUCUCACACAAGAUCCCAUCCCGACGCUGAACAGCGUGGCGAACGAUGGAUACCAGCUCUUCGAUAGCCGCUGGUGGAUACGCAUCAGGAACAACAGCGCCGACGCUCUCACACUGCGCUUCUUCACUAAAGACGAUCUCGCCCACAUUCCAUCUCUGCACGACGCAAAGCGUUUCGGUCGGCGUCCUGAACGCUUCAUCGCCGCCGCUUUAUCACUGCUGAAACCUGUAGAUCUGCGCUUCACACUCCCAGCUGUGUUUCGACAAGAUCCGGUCACUAAACAAGAAACUCUUGUCGGAUUCCCGACACUGGACGUGAGUAUAGGACAGCUUGGGUCUCCAGAGGACGUAUGCACGUGGCAGGUUCGAUACAAGAAGAUAGGUCACUCGAGUGGGAGUGUCGUCUCGGGUAUUACACACGCAAUGAUCGAAAAGGAGCUGGCAAAGUUUGACAAGAAGGUGACAAAGGUCGCAGAUAAAAGAAAUCCAGAGGAUAAGCGGGGUAAACUUUCUGCACAGUAUCGCGGCCAGUUGCAGUUGAACAUGGAAUCCGAAAAGACAAAAUCUUCUGACCCUAUGAGAGCCGGGAAGAAGAGAGCAAACCACGACAAAACCGUACCGCUCGUGCCCGCUGCCGAAUCACAACGACGCGGUCGGUCGGAGAACAGGGAGGGCGGUGGGUACAAGAUCAAGUGGGAAGAUUUGCAAGAUCGAUUCAGUUGUUAA